GCACGAAGCUCUAUGAUCCUCUAUGAAGCAAGAUACUCCCGUUGGCAUUCUGCGAGGAAUUUGUGAUCCACGUACUGAAAGUUGGGAGCAUCGGUUGGUGCGAAGGAAACCCGUAAGGGGAGACGAUAUACGGAACCGUUGAGCAUUCAUCCGCCUGAGAGGGUCACAUUAGGCUCCGAUAGGAAUCAGGCAACUGAGCUUCGACAGCUAGCCUUAGACUGAGAACUGACUUAUAAGAAGAAUUGUUUCCUCAUCACUUGCCUUAGACUUUGAAGUUCCAUUCAUCUCCAAAAAGUCCCAGAAACAGGACAUGCCUUCAACUGACAGUUUCCAGCAAGAAGCCGGAUGUUUCAACUUGAUGCUCCGUAAACAAAAGGGCAUAGUGACGAAGCGAGAGAUGUCGUCCAAAAAAGAUCAUGAGGCUCCAAAACCAGUACCAGGUCCUGGUCCAGCAUAUGUGACAGAAAUCUCCAGGGAGUCUUCUGAAUCCAGGAGGAAUGUCAACUUAAAACCCGAGAACCUGGAGAGCUGGAAACAUAUCAAGAGAAAAGGUUGUCUCUACGUUGAGGCGGAAUCGAUCAUCAGCCAUGAGUACAAGUUGGACCUACCAUGCGCCACUAACGUGUGGAUCACUGUUCAUCCACACAGGGAGAAUACAGAUGAUCCAGUUGACAUCACACUGGUCGAUGUAGACAGGGGCACAUCCAUCCAGUUUAAAGACAACAGGGAUGGAGAGAAGUACUGCCUGCGGUGUGACCUGCGGGCGGGAUCGUACCGACUGCUGCCGUUCACCACUGGCUGCAGGUUACGGAAGAGAGAGUCUCAGCCCGAACAGGAGGUCCCACUGGUCGACAUCUCCCCGUCUGGGGAGAUCGAACUGUCCAGACCUUUCAGGGACACUCUGACAGACAUCUUUGAGAUCCUUGACCUUGAUGGUAACGGCCUGCUGAGUCGGGAGGAGUUUAACCUGUUCCAGCUGCGCAGUGGGAGGGAGGUGGACGACGAGGCAUGGCAAUUCGUGGAGGAAAAUUUUGAGAUGAAGAAAGGAGAGCUGACCAAAAAGGGCUUCACAUUCUUGAACUUGAUGGACGCACGGGGCAGCGAGGGGAACACGAAGGAAUUAUGGGUAACACCGAGCAGCAUGGGAUACAACAAAGCCCUCAGACAGGAUGAGGCCUGUCCCUUUGUGAUCGACAUCUAUGCAGAAAGGUGUGAACCAAAGAUGGUCAUGGGUGGUUUGUUGGGGAACAUCGAAGAUGCCAUGUGCAAGUUAGUCAGUAGUAAAGGUGCUCCCCAGCCCCUGACGUCCAAGGGAGGGAAGGACGUGGUCCUGUACACCUACAGAACUGGCUCCCGCAUCAUUACAGCUGUAGAGAACAAGGUUCAUGCACUUCUAACUAUAAUAUGUGAAUAUCCUGAAAUAUAA